GAUGCUUAUGUGGACGUCUUAUCUGAUUAUUGAUUGCUUUGAAUUUUGACCUUGCUCUUAUGCACUGCCAUUCUGUACAAAUUCAUACUGCUGUGCGCUUUCAUUCGUUACCUAUGUUAUGCAGAGACGGGCUGCAGUUGAAAAGCCGUCACGAAAUUUAUUGGCCCCAAGAAAUUCUGCUGUAAAUGCUUGUUUUCAAUUCAUACCCGGGGAAAAAUGCUUCAAACAUGACUUUGCUGUUUCAGCUUUGAUUUUCUCCACGAAAUCAAAUCUAUUGUGUUCUUUUUACUCGUCGAUGUUAUGAUGCAACAGGAAGUAGCUGACGAACUGCCGCGAAAUCUUUUGGUAUCAUUAAAUCCUUGUCUGCUUCAGCUUCGUACCGGGGACAGUAUGCUUCAAAUUUCUUCUAAAAUAAUCUCGAGGCGAAAAUUGAAAAUAUCGACCCACUUCUGCUCUGUCAUGAAAGACAGUAUGAGCUUUUCUGCGCAAACGAAAAAACUCAUUUUUCUCUAUCUAAGCUCCGAUCAACGAUUAAAAGUAUUAUCGAAUAACCACAUAAGCACCAAAAUAUUGCUUAAACUGCUUAUGCGGCGACCGUUCCGUUUUUAAAUUACGUAUUAUCAGACACCAGACUGCACAGAAGUUACACUGACCACUUAUUGAUGGGUCUUUUCACGGUUACUUAUGGAACAUUCGUAAGUGCCAGAAAAUAUGACCAAGUUAGAAAAAAACUGCCUGUGAGCGUUAAUACCGUUUUUGGGACAUGAAAUCAGAAUUUUCGGAAGAAAAUUCCCCGUUUUCUGAAAGUAACGUGCCUACUCACAUCAUGCUUCAUCUGACUUACCAAGGUCAAAAAAGUCAGUUUUAUGUGGAGUAAUCUUAUUUUGGUAAAAAUUUCCCAAUUAGAUUAAUCCACGCGUGUUGGAAAACACGCAUUGAUGCACAAACAUUGCACAGAACCGUGAUUAACGCAGAAAAUUGCCUGAAUAUAAGGUGACUUUGAUUUGUUCCCUAAAUUGUAAUCUUUCUGUGAUAAAAUUACCUACAAACAUAUUCUGCACGAGAAAAACACUUCGUUUCAGAGAGGAGUAGACGACUGCCUAUAAUACAUGCUUUAGGUACCUCGAAACGAUCGCACAGAUCCCCAUUGUUAUGUUUCCCGAGUUAUGUCGCCUGCUAUCAGUAUGGUUCUUAUGGUGUUUAUCCGCUUGUCGGCCGUAUGGGUCUCUGACUGGAAACCUGCUUGCACCACUUGAUCGCGAGUAAGAGGGACGCGUGGUCCUCUCUCGAAUGACCGGUAUGCUGGUUUCUUUGAGUUGCUAUCAAGGUUCCAGUCACGUGUUCGUAGGCUCAAAUAAAAUUGCUGACCGUUCUGACAAGGACGUUGGUCAGAUGUGGUUAUGUAGCCCCACCUAAAGUAAACAAACCCCAGCCAUCUGUAAUACGAGACCGGUGGUAAUAGGGGGUCUUUACAGGUGCGGCCAGGGAAUGUACAGGCGACGAGGUCAAUUAGUUGAUACAAAGGAAAAGCUAUUGAGAAUGCGCGGUUCCACUUUGAGUGGUUGAGAAAUAGUUGCCCGAACCUCUAAUCCUAACCAUAAUCGCUAGCCCUAACCCCAACCCCUGCCUUAACAGUAUUGUGUCCAUCAGAUCGGGCUACAUAACCAAAUCUUACCAAAGAACGUUGCCUGGGACUAGCAAUAUCGGGAAUGCCACACUCUUCGUGAGUGUGCCGCCAAUGCUGAUGGCGAUUCCGUAAGCUCGAGCAAAAGAUUAUAUCAGGAGCAUCUAUCUCUUGGCUUCUAUAAUUAGCAGUUGAGUCAUGGUUACUUUACCGUCGCUAUCUCCUUUCAGAUGUGUUCGCCGGCUAACACCUUACUGUCCGGCUCCUCUGGCUCGGCUCAUUGCCUCAUUCCAAAAGCGUUACGCCGACCUCCCGACGGAACUACAGUCACCGGAGGACCCCCUCUCUCCGCCAAUCACCGGUCGCUUGCUUAAGCAUCUGUUGGGGCAGACCGAGGAAGAGGUUGUCUUGGUGGCGGACGACACCAGCAUUGCUAGGAAUAUUUGGAUGGACCAGGAGAACCUAGCCGGUGCUGGUGGCUCUUCCCAACCGGUGGUCUAUCCCCCGAGGAGACUGCAGUCAGUUUGCGCCCUCUGGCAGGCGUGGGAUGCCCCAGCCAAGGCCCGGACGGCUCUACUCAUCUUCCUACUCUUUGAUUGGGUCGCAGUCAUGGCGCUAAUGCCUGCAGCAUCGACACAGCCCUCUGAUGAUAAGGGGGAGGAGGAUUCCAACACUCAAAAGCAGCGACGUGUUCGGUACCGAAGUCAGUCCCCAGAAGAGAUCAGCCCAACUGCUCGGGCGAUUAAGAUGGUAAGGGUCACUCCGCGGCAUUUACUGUCCGCACACCCGUCAAUCAUCAUAAUCACGCAUCAACAGUAACUGUAGGCGUGGCACCUCAACAGUCCCAUUGUCUCCCCAUUGUGUUCUCUAAGAUAUCCAAAUGUCAAAAGAAAAGGAGGCGUUCACCGGGAGAGGUGUAUUGGAUGCCUGACCUUUCGAGUAGUCGUUUCUUCUACCCAUCUUCAGAGACUGAGAAGUCCUGCAUACAGCUUUCCUUAUAUGGCGCACUUUGUUUGAUGCCUGGCCCCCCAAUGCCGCCUGUGUCGCUGCAUCAGAUCUGUGGGACAAUCGGGGCCGUCAACUAUCGCCGCGACCGACGAAGAUGGGCGGGAUUCAGGUCACAGUGACAUGCGGGUCGGAUGCAGCCACACAGGCGGUAUUGGCGGGCCAGGCAUCAAACAAAGUGCAUCAUAAAAGGAAAGCUGUGUGCAUGACUUCUCAGUCUCUGAAGAUGGGUAGAAGAAACGACUACUCGAAACGUCAUACCUACAAUACACCUCUCCCGAUGAACGCCUCCUUUUCCUUUGAUAUGCCACCUGGGAAUCGCAUCUUCACUACUAUUGACAUCCAAAUGUAUUAAGACAAGUUAAGUUGGAGUUUGAAGUUUGAUUCUCAAAUUAAAGUUAAACAGAACUCACUACUCGAAGCUCCUUCGUGUUAUUUUUACGAGUUUCUGGUCGGCAUUUUAAAAAACGUUUUUUUAACCUAGUUGACGGUUUCGUCCAGCGCUGUUGUUUGGCCACCUGAGACCAAGUUUAGGAAGAGGCGUGCUUGCCAAAAGCUGACGGCCGAGGUUAGGGGGGGGGGGGAGUGGGGGCUCCCGCAGGUGGCUCUUUGCGAGCUACCCACCAGCCGACUUCUGCAUUCCCCAUGAAAUCAUAUCACAAGCCCAUGUUGCUGCAGUUCACCGAUAAAUUCGGCCGAGGGGGCCAUGUCACGGAUGAUACAGAUGUUUUGGAUUUCCUACUCCCUCACCUUGCGACUUUUCAAGUAUGCGUUGGGGGGUUUUAGGGGCUUUUCUCCGCAAGUAGGACUUUCUUGUCUGUGUUUCCGGCCUACCCACAGUUUGUGUAGUUUUGGUCUGUAGGACCUUGAAAUUUAGUCUUCUAGCCACUCAACGCAUCAUCGUUCUUGCUUAUAGGACUUGCGAUUCUGCAUCACCCAAGCUGCUGAAACCGACACAACCCAAAUCCGCACAGAAAGCAUGCCUGUUCUGCAAACGUAGCUUCACAACACUAUUUGAUUUUGAGAUAAACGUUGUUGUUCCAUUGUUGCCUGUACUCACAGUGACAUGGGGUCUCUUCACCGUUUGUCCGCGGUAUGGUAAUUUUGCGUAGUUUUAAUUCUCAUACUGGAGAGGUGUGCGUGAACCAUCCAGCAGACUCUUGUUCAGCGUUCUUUGCCUCGACAUUCGAUCAGCUCGAAUACUGUCAGUGCGUUAUUCCGCCCCUUCUGAUGAUACGCGGUUACCCGCUGUGGCUGAUGGACUUUGGCCCAAAUAUGCAUGUAUACAAUUCUCGGUCUGUGCCUAUAGACCUUGAACAAACUGAUCUACUCCAACUUUGUAGAUAAUUUCUGACAAUUUCUAAAUUGGAGUAUCUACCAGAAAACACGCGGGGAAUGCUGGGGGACCCACUGACGAGCCGAACCCCUCGCAGCUGCACCAUGCAGCGGCAAAACAUCGGCGAAACACGCGUAUAUGGGCUUUUGGCUAGUACCUAUGCUGUUAGUAUGGUAUCACCUUUCCCUAAAAUGUCCAUUUUGUAGAGCUUUGUUUUUUCACGUGUUUGCAGAAUGACAAAAAAAUUCUAGGACGACAGUUCGGCAGGGGUGUGGUAUGUAGCACCACGGGGAAAACUGUUUAUUAACUAGAACCCUAACACCAGCCGUGGCCGUACCUGUAAUGGGGGAACCCUAGCUCUUAACCCGUAAGCAUGUAAGAAAAACUCAAACGUAACCCCAACCUUAACCCUAAAACCCCACCUCCAAUCCCAACCUCAACACCAAAUCUAAACCAUAAGCCAAGCCUGGCAAUAUCAGCCCUAAAAAUAACCCAACUCCUAACUGCCGUCACCUGCCUUCGUCCGCCAAUCAAAACGGUUUUUAGGCUGCUGCUGCAGUGUUGAACGCAUCAGCACGAAGGCGCAGAUGAGAGUUGGUCAGGAGGCUGAGGUGGGCCCGAGUGAAACGGGCACUUCGUUUGGCCUGGCCACGCCUACCCAGGUGUCCUGACGCUAAAACAAACUAUCUGCGUGUAAAUUCAUCCUGCCUCAUGGCCAUUGAGAGAGUCCGGAUCGUCGUAGUUGGCUAGGGUACUUACUAGACGUCGCAUCAUUACUAAAAAACUGACAACAGCUCAUUAGUUCUUGUCUCCGCAUGCACCAUUCCUUCUCCCUCCCCUCUGCCUGUUUUCAUUUUUACCACCACGACGUGCGGCACCUUGCUGUGAUGGAUUGCCUUAGGUUUCAACUAAUUAUGCCAUUCCUUAAGGAUUUGCCUAUCUCCAAUCUAAAGUUCCGAUUGUUUCCCUCUUUGUUAUUAUUACUAGCACAAAUACGUGGUAGCAGAGUUUCUCAAAGAAUUCCCAACCGAAAAACCACUUCUGACCGCAAUACAAACGUUGUGGCUCUUCGACCGUUGCCGCUUUAAGGUGAGUCUGUAACUUUCUUGGUAAUACUUGAACGUUACAGGAAAUAUGCGGACUUUUCAUGCUACAAAUGCCUUGAGGCUCGAGGCUCUUUGCUAUUUUCAAUGUCUUAUUUCAAUAUUUUUUUCGUCCCACACAGCACUGUCGACCCUGGUUCAAUUAAUCUUUGCCUUUUUCUCCCUGAAUAUGGAUUUUAAAUGUGCAUCAGCUUCUUUAGGAAUGGUAGCUUUCGGGUCUUCUAAACCCAGCCUAGAUCAAGAGUCCUGCGAAAUUAAGUGACAUUAAGACCUUUUACACUUACUACCCAGCUCCAACGGAUGAAGACUACCGUUCGAGAAAGCAGGGUUCCUAUACCGCCGAGAGGUAAGGUAGGGAUUUGGGUGAACAAAAACCAUAGAUGCGGGUGUUUGCUACUAGUGUGGAUAUUAUUUUUUUUAUUGAAAUGGUGCCCAUUUGAGUAGCUAGUGAAAAAUCGUCACAAACACUAUUUCGGUACUUUGCAGACUGUCUUUUUUCGUGUAACGCUCUGCUAUAUCUAUCGAGCAUUGAGGUUGGCCCACUCCCCCACCUGGGGAGUGGGGAAGAGAGAGUGCGGUAGAUGCUGCGCAAGUCUACUAUCACUAUAGGCUACUUCAUGCGCAAACCACCGUGCCUUCUGCAUCUUGCUGUGUAGCACACGGUGGACAUCGUCGAACUCGACGGUCGACAAAACCAUUAAACAUUAAUCCGGACCACGCAUUGACAGUCUAUUAUCGGAGGUGUGUUGUCUUUUAAGAAGUCCCCCAUCCCAUAUGUGACCUCCGGUACCCCAUCUUUGAUUUAUCCAAAAAGACCUCGUCGAAAAGUUUGUGCUCUUUUGGAGCGACGGUUGGUGAUCAGCAUGCUUCUUAGCGGAUAAAAUACGCCCUCCAGUGAGUACCCCACUCAAAAGUAGCUUCGUCGAGACGCUCUGUGGAUGAGGGUCAAACUCCCCUAUUGUUUUUCGAAUUAUUUUCGGCCAUAGCAUUGACAACGCUCUUUUCCUUUUAGCAAGCAGCCUUGCAAACUACAACUUCUAGCGCAUCGUGAUGGGAUUGUGUUAGAUUUAACGAUGGUAGAGGGGUGUGCACCGAUCGUGUUUCGGAGCUCAUUCGCCCCGUUGUGCCUUCGGGCUCUCCCUCUCGAGCCCCGCCGGCAAUCGCACAGCGGUGUGUAAUAUGAGGAGAAUAGCUUUAUUUACAAAGGAGACUGGAAUGGAUGCUUUUGGCUUAUUAGCCUUCAUCAGCCGGCAUCCCUUCUACCAUUGUUAAUCCACCCGAUCGCAACCGGCUGGACAACCGUUACGUGCCGCAAUUAUUACGACGUUAAACUCUUAAGCAAGGGGUUGUAAUUUCGAGCCUCGACGGUUGUGUGUGUGUCGGUGUUGGGUAUGGCUGGCUGAUUAAGACCGACAAGCCAGAAAUGGUCAUUGUUGUCAGUUUUUUGAGCCGAAAUCCGUCAGCUUCACCGGAAUAAUCAAGUAGUAUUUGCAUUCUGCCCACAGACUGGCGCGCACACACGUGCUCGCCUGCUUCAACAUUGGGCAAACAGUCUUAAGUCCCUUUUGACUGUUAAUACUUUAGUCCACCGUUAGCACCCAAGUUUUUUCCACUUAUGGUGAACAGCGUAAAAUUAGCGCAAGUUUUCGCUGUCAGCAGCCACACGUGUAGGAUGAUUGUAAGUCAUCACUUUCAAUUGCCCCGAGAGAUGGUUGGGGCCAAUGAUUUCGUUUCCCGACUGCCUUCUUCGCAUCCCUCCUUAAAGUCUUGUUCCGUCAAAGCAGUCGGGAAGCGUAUCCCACAGUGCAGCUAAGUAGUAUACUUUCUUUUGCUAUUCUNGGACUGAAGUUGGUUAGCUGAGGUGCUGACUUGAGACUCUUAAAUACGUUGUCUCGUACAUGACUUCGUUGACGAUUCCGGACAAUUUUUUUCAGACUUCUACUUCGCCCUUACUUGAUUGGUUCUGGGCAACAUAAAAACGCAGAUGACUUAAAAUCUUACGUUAGGUAAUGAAAAUUGCACUAUAACUGAUCCCCGCAUCUUCAUUAUGUGUAGGUCCAGUUAGAGGACGUCAGGUUUGUACGUUUUUUUUCUGGACUACAAAAUUUUGAUAACCUGCGAAUACAGAGCAAGCGCAAACUCUACUAAUAUAUAGUGACUGUUUAUUUUAUUUAGGUAAUCAGACAAUGUGUACGAUUAUUUUAUACCUGUGUACUGGUUACUGUUGACCCCCUUUUGUAAACCCCUUUUUUCUGCCGUUUACGUAUGAAAAGUAACUUUUGGGUCAGGAUGCCUUUUAUUUGCAGUUGUUCUUGCACCUUGAUAAGUUAAAACAUUUACUUGAAUGACGUAAAUAUGAGUUUUAGUUUUUCUAGUGAAUUUAACCAUCACCUUUCCAGAAUCUUGUAUGUCCCGCCUGCGAAACCUUUUUUACGAUUAGUCCCGUACUAAAGGCGAUUUUGAAGCAAAUUGCUGGGGGGCUUUAUAUAUUUAAUUAAAACUCACCUUUUGAGAAAACUGCGACAAAUCAUCCAUCGCCCGGAAAUUAAAAAUCAAUGCCUAUAUCUGUGUACUCAGGGCACAGCACUCUUCAGCCGACCCUCCUAAAGACUAAUCGUUGUUGCCAAUUCUUCUUGUUGUUACUUCGUUCCUGCAGUUUGUGAAAAAAAUGUGGGUUGUGGCCAAAACCGCUGAUUCCCUCAUCGCAUGUCGGCCAUCCUGUAAACCUUUAGGCUAAAUAUUCCCUAGGGGGAUUGGCAGGUGAGGGGGGGAGUCAAGACGAUUGGCUAAUUGUGUAAUCAAUUGGUGUAAAAUGAAGUAAGACCUUGUCUUCAGGACCUUUUGUUGAUCCCGGCUUGCAUAGAAGAGCGGCCAAAAGGGAACCCUUGAAAAUAAACGUCGUAGCCAUUUCCCGUCCUGUCGCAGAGAAGCCGAUCUCAUUCCUUCUUAUAUUCUUCAUUUUUGGUCAUGUUUUGUUCACUUAACUUGCGUUUUCCUUCUUUUCGAGACUACCCGCUAUUCUCUGUCAGAGUUUUAGUCAGUUAUAUUCAGAAUUCCUUGUUUCUUCAUCCAGAUGGACGUCUCUUGGAUCUCUUAAACGCCGAUCUUUCCAGCUGGGAAAUCAAUAUCCUGACUGACUACUUGAAGUCCAACGGUCAUCGCGAUCUUCUCUUCUGCUGCCUGCUGGCGCGGUCGCAGUACAAGGUAGCCCUACCGUCGUUCUCUCCAACCUCCUUAUUAGCCUUUCUGUCCAACUUUCAUAUUGUUUUGUCAAAUACCACUGGACUGUCAAACCACAAACUAGACUGUUAUUUACUUGGGAAUAAAACCACUGUUUUCGGUUCUGCAUCCCCCAGCGCUUUCCGUCAACUAUCUAUACACAUCCAACGUCAGAUUUGCUGUGUACUGUUGCUCCUAUCACUGCUUUAUUCUAAGGACCUUGAGGAGUAUCGGUCUCCCUUUCCGAUUUUCAGUUUCAAUAAUGAUGCUGCUUUAAUAAUGUGAGUAACAUGUCUUAGUUACUUUUAUUCUCCGAUAUCCGUGACCGUUAAGUUGCCCUAGCCUAACUUAUAGGGCAUCAUAGAAUCUGCUAUUUCCCCCCUAUUUCAGGCAGCAGCCAACCUCGUCAGCGAAAUUGACCCGAAUCUGCCAGCUGCCUCUUGGUGGGGAAAAUCAAAGACGACUUCGGCGACCCGUGGCCGUGACGACCAGACCUGCGUGGAGCUGCUAAAGAUUGUCGACUCCUGUCUAUCCCUCAAUUACCGGCUGUGCCGAGAGCCUGCAGACGAGGUUGUACCGACUGCUGUGGCCCUGCGGCCAUUUUCAUCUCGACCCCACACCACCUCGGAUUCCGGCCCUCCUCUCUCUGAUGGACAAAUGGAAGAGGAUGCGGGUCGUUUCGAGGCAGUUAGCCUCGUCAGGGGACCAGCCUUUCUUAGGACCCCUAAAACAGCGACGAUUCCCGUUCACCUAAGCACUGUCGAUCGAGAUCAGCGUUCUGAGUUCUGGAGAAUGUAUAACAAGUACGUCGACUGUUGUUAUUACGUACACAGUGUACUUUACGUCAGACUUGUUCUCAAACCCCUCACCUAUACUGGAUCAUUUUUUUCAGAGCGACUUCGUCUAGAGUAAAACCUGGUGGUUAGUUUUUGACGUAACUGGCGGAGUUCCAGGAGACCAUCCUCGAAGUUGGGCUACACCCCAAAACACAUACACUUAGUGACCUAACUCACAAAAUGUGUCGAAAUUUACGAAUGAUUGCUAAUCACUCGCAGACCGACACCAUUUCAUGAGUCCAAUGUAUAUUUUAAUUAAGUACAAGUUUAAAAGGAGCAAAAACAUAAAACAAAUAUUAAAGACAGUGUUGCGUUGUUUAGAAAUGCCGAUUUAUUUUGAAAAGCGCAAUAUCCCGAAAACUUCCUAAAUGGCACUAAUUUAGUAAACUUCGUUUUUAGAUGUAUUGAAUGAUUCUUAUACCAAAAACGUAGCAAAUAUGAAAGUAGGAAUAAAAUAACGUCUAAUAGUGUUCCAGUGAAGUUUACAUCUAAAUAACGUUUAAUAAUUAGUGUGACUUCAUGUAUGACGGUUUGUCAACUGCGCACAUUCUGAGUGUAGAUUCCAAAACAGUUUCCCAGGGGUUCGUGUGAUCCUUGACUCUUUUGAGUUAAAUGAGAUGGGGUUCAAAAAGAGAAACUGGAUUUUGCUUGAUUUCACCGAUGGGGGCGUCGUAGGAACAAAAGCUUUCAUAAGGUGACAUGCCAUGAGUCCGGUCGGUGCCUAAUAAAUUUGAAUAGUUCAUAUUGACCCAACUGAAAGACUCGGCGCCUCGGUGGGAUUCGAACCCACGCAGUUAGGGGGAGGCUUUAGUACAGCCAACGCUCUAACCACCUGAGCUACGAGGCCUCGCCGGACGACGCGAGCUUAAUCACAUUUGGUUCAAGUUACCCGCCUAAACUACUGCAACGUCUGGAAUCCACCAAAUCUGAUACAGUAACUUGACUGCCCAAGCAGGAUUUCCUAAGUAAUUCACCUAGAAUCCACCAGAUGACUACCAGGCUCACGCUCAAGUGGUUAGAGCGUUGGCUGUACCAAAGCCUUCCCCUUACUGCGUGGGUUCGAAUCCCACCGAGGCGCCGAGUUUUUCACAGUUGGGUCAAUAUGAAUUAUUUAAAAUCUUCCAAAAUAUCUAUGAAAUUUAAAUAGAACUGACAGGCGUGAGCUUAAGCAUAACACUUUGUGUUUAUAGAGAGAAGUUUUCUUCCCUUAAGUUAAUUUACACUUCGUUCGUUUUGGAUUACGUUGAGUUUUAGAUCGGCCUCGAAAUGUUGCUGAAUACUUCAUGAUUUUCAGUGUUUUCACCCGAUCGUCCAUAGAGACCGAUUCUGAAUUGACUGUUUGUUGAGAACUUUAAAACAAGAUUAUUCUUGAAGGUAUUUUCCGAAUUAGUGAGUGUUCGGGUGCUCCUUUUCACGAAGGUGCGCAACGUUAAAGACAUCCAGAAAUUCUCGCAUUAGUUUCCCUUAUCAGAUUUCAUGAGAUAGGUCACGUACUGUAAAUCACCCAUAAGGCCGAUGGUAGUGCCCCCGCGCUGAGUGGUUGUCUACUGCAUAACGAAUUAUAUUAGUGCUGUCAACUUGACCUAGAUCUGGAGCCCUUUGAGAGCCUUCUCAUCUGAUUUAAAGUUACUUACCGCAUUUUUAUCGAACGCCAAAUGACAUUGUUCUGCAUUGAAUGUCUUGGAAUGAAUCGCCGAUGCUAUACGCUAGUUACGCAUUAACAAACACUCAACGAAUAUAACCUCCCUGGCAAUACCUAUGUCGCGUUAGCCCUCAAACGUGUAUUUUCUCCGACGCAGUAAUUUACCAAAUCAAAUGGUCCAUCCUUCUACACUUGAAGUAAAAAAUUCUCUAGCCGAUUUACUUGCCUUGAAAAGGCACUCGUUAACAACCGUUAAACGCAAAGCGCUGCAUCGAUAUCUUCGGCCCAAAUCACGGUGCCUGUAAUUAAAUCUACCUUAAAUCCCAUUCUCUUUUGCUAAUAAUUCUACGUUUGCGACUGUCACUGCUCGCCUUCUCAUCACCCCCCCCCCAUUCCAGAAUGCAAGCUAUGGACAAGCGCUCAAGCGACUUCAAAUCGCCGAGUCCCAUGCGUCCUCUCGUCACUGCCAGUGUACGUAGACGACAUGAAAAAAUGCUGGGGUGAGUUGGUCCACUUGACUGGCACUUUCUACCAUCUUCUUCCCAGAAAGCUGCUUUUUGCCAGUAAGCACCCGUCCCCCCCUGGGAAGGUGGAAACAACAUUGGCCUUAUCCCGCUUAGGAAAAGCCAUUUUGCGCAUCAUCAUGAAGGGCUUAAACUGUCCUCGAGAAAACUCGGAAGACUGCAGCAUCUGGUAGGGUUGACAGCGUAACAUGCCUCGCAAACGUGUCCUGCUGAGCAAACUUCUAGCCUGCCGGGGGGAGGGGGGGUUACGAUUGGUUAGAUAAUAAAUAACUUUGAAAUUCUCUCCGGUAAAUUUGGGUUUCUAUAAAUUUAUGCGAUGAGACCACGAAAAGGAUUCUUCAAGGCAUGUUUUCUGUGGAGGAUUAAGUUGUGUCCAAGGGAUGACAUUUCUUUUGUUAAAACCGCAUGGCAUGAAUCCUGCCAGGUUAAUGGUUUUCUUUUAGAGAAUCUCUCAUUAAGUUUAGUAGUAUGUAGAAUAGGCCCUUUGACUAAUUUCCAAAUCACACGGGUUUGUCCGUCGGCUAACUAGGAAGACCUAAACAUGACACACAGUUAGAUUCCGAACCUUGAAUUACCAGGGGAAUUUAAUUCGAUUCAACGACACGGACGGCAGCACAAAUGUCUUUGGUCCACUAUGGACACUUUUGAUGCGGCAUUUCUUAUCUUAGUUUCGACUUGGUGCCGGUUUUUCGUAACUGUGGGUGAGCUAGUGCUUGAGACAACCUUCCCAGAAGGUGGACACACAUGAGCUGUAUCAUCAGGAUCCGCGGUGAAUACGUUUGUUGUUCGGGUUGUCCUGGGCUGAGCUGACUCACUGUGUACUGACCACAAAUCCACCUCGUUGGUUAGUUUUUCUGUCCAAUUCGGAGCACCAUUUCAGCAGCCAUCUUUCGAGAACAACUCCUUUGUCUCCGCAUGAGCUGCGAGCUGAGAGACCAAAGUUUCUGAUUACAGCUUCCGGUGGUGUCAUAUGGCCAGUGCAAUAAGAUUUUAUGCGUGUGUAACGUUUUAAUCAAAGAUUUGGCGUCGGUCCCAACAGGAGAGAUUGUCUGAUUCCUCUCCUACGUGUCGAAGCUGGGGGCAUCUAUUCGUUUGUCAAGUGUGCAUAUGUAAGUCUUCCCAUGGUUUCCCGAGACAAUUCUCCCGGAAGGGAGGGAGAGGUGAGGAACCUGUGUAGUGUUGUUUGGCUGAAAGGCCGAGGUGUCAGCGGCAAUGUCACACUUUAAAACACGUGCCUUCUCUUGGAGUGGAGGCGGAAAGCCCGACUUCCCCCUCCCCCCCCUAAUUUAUUGUAUCAGAUGCUAUGCAUCAAUAGGUCCUACGUUUCCACACCGGUUACCUCACUUGCCUGGGGGACGCGCUGUCUAUUAGGAUUUUUCCGUCUUUUAUUUUACUCUGUCGCCGUUUUAACGCAGCACGUUUUUUCCAUUCUCUGAAAACUAGGCUGCGUCAACUCAUCUUUCUGGUCAUCACGAUCGUGCUCAGAUCAUUUGUGUUUCCGCAAUUUGUAAUACUUAGAGCAUCUCCUGUUUACGGAGUCCCACCAGUCACCAGUCUUGAUAGUCAUUUUGUCCGAUAGGGCAGCUCAUGGGCAAUGUUUUCACAUGGAAUUCAUAUGCGCCCACUGCCUCUUAUGAGCUGUGCUCAAAGUGAGCUAAUUAUUCCCUACUUCCGAGGAUCCUGCCUUCACCAGGUGUUUACGUUUACUGUGUCUGCUCUCCCCUGUUCCAGGUACGUGUAUUCCGAGCCAGUAGACAGUGCCCGCAAAUCGACCCGUCGUCGGUCCGGUAGCCGUCUGCCUUACCCCUCCACUGACAGCCGUCACUUCCACUCCACCGCAGAGGUUCGUCAAAAAUUGGACUUCUGGUCGGAAUUACGCAGGUGGCAUAAACCCGGUGCUCCUGGGGAUACCGUUUGUGAGACCACAGUGCUGCCAGAUGCCUCAUUUCUAAAGGUUGGUCCUCUUACUUCAAUCGCGCCGUGCGUUUUGCAGCUGAGCCGAGUGUCCAUUAAACCGGCGUUAAUUCAACUCCGAUAUCCCUUGAUGCGGUUAUCAUGAUCCGCUCAAUCAAGUCCAUUGCGCUCAGGCAAUUAGUGACAAUUUCGGGCGCCCCGUUCCCUGGCCAUCUUCUUUAUGACCAUGGUACUUUGAUAUCAGUAGUAGCGCCCACCUCUUGGGACCAUGCUUGUUGAGUUUUGGUUCAUCUGAGAUUGACUGCUCAAUGUUAAAGAUGUACAAGUUGUUCUACCAGUUCCGAAUCACUCGCCUUUAACCAAGAAAAAUAAACCAACUUCAAAUGAUUCGAACACUAGUUUCCUCCCGACUCUCUUCUGGCCUUGACUCUGAAUCCGGCUCUGGGUUUUUUCGAGGUUCUUCUAAACUGAAUUGUCUUUUAACUCGAAAGCUAUUUUAGUCAGUGAGUCCAAGUAGCUUCUGCGCAAAAAACUGUUUGAACCGGACGCCAGCAAACAGUUAUCGAAAUUCUAACUCGCAGUUACUUGCCAAGUCUCGGACAAAGUGUUCCUUGUGUUUCAUGCCUUCGAUCUGUGUUCCUUGAAGCUGGUAUAAUUGCACAAUAUGUUGAGGUAAGCGGGUGUGUGUCCCCAAAAACGGGUCACAAGCUAGAUGCGCUGGAUCAACGCAGGGGCAAGAUCGCAGUCCGUCAGGCGUUCUCGGGAAUGCGCACCCAUAACAAAUGCCAACAAAUGGAGGAGUCGUGGGACGUACAUGUGCAGGCUCGCGCUGUGUUAUUGAGGAAUCGGACUGCCCUUCUUUUGUGUAUAAAACCCCGGUCAAGUUUGUGUUUUGGACCAGGGAGUGUGGCGGUAUGCCUAGGUGCGGGUUUACGCCGCACCAGCCACCCGUCCCCGGUCUCCUUGACUCUAUUUUGACACAGGAUCCAACUGGUGAUGGAGGAGUGUGUUGUAGAUGCAGCGCAAGUCUGCUAUCACUUUAAACUUACUCACCCACAAGUUGCCACUCCUGCUUUCACCUUGUUAUAGACCUAACGGUGGACAUUGUCGGCAACGACGGUCGAGCUGUCGGGUCCGUUCCAGAGUCACUGACUUACCCGCGUAGGAAAAACGCUCAAUGAAACCUAAUUUUGGACAAUUCGUUUUGUUGCCUGCCUUGAGUUCUUUUUCUGCUUUUUCAGCUUGCAGUUUUGUCCGAUUUUGUCUUGAUUUCCGUGAACUGAUCUUUGCAAUCUAAUACUGCGCUGCACCAUCUCGUUUUAGCCUGCAUUACCGAGUAACCCUCAUCGAAAGCAGGUACACAGUGAUCUCCACUACAGUAAGUGGGCUAACUCAUGAAAUCUCGACAGAAAUUCCGAAAUGCAUUGUCGUUUGGAAAAGAGUAAUUAAGUAGGGUUGUAAAACCAAUCAUCGUGCAGUAUAAUUCUAUAAUAAUUCAGUAACGGCAGGACGCCGGCUUUCGAACAAACUUCUUUUUGGCUGCAUCCAAAAACCAUACUCCAUAAAAAGUGACUACUUAAGUAGCAUGCAUUUUCAUUGAUUUCCGAUGCCCUUAAAGAUUCAAUUAUAUUUCAUGGAAAACAUGCACAAUAAUAAUCAUUCUCCUGUUCAUUCGGUAGACAAUGAUGUCUUCUUUUUAUUUUACGCUCGAAGGAAGGGCAUAAUUUGGUCUUAUAAAACGUUUCUAAUUCCCGAAUAAUUUUUAACCAAAUCCGCCGUUACACUUGCAUUCAGGGUUCCCAAACUGUAAGCCGUAUAAUUUCCGCGUACGGGAAACCGUAAAUUGCUCUAAGGUAUUCAGAAGAGAUAAUAUGGGGUUCAUAAAAUUUAUUAGUGAAUUUGAGCCGUAUUGUUAACUGCAAGUAACACUAGUAAAUUCAGAGACAUGACGUUUUAUGAAGGGCCAUUUCAUGGUAUUAAAAAAUCACAAUUAGAAACUUUUUAAAACAGAAUUAUACCCUUUCUUUGAGUUUAAACUUGAAAGAAGACGUAAUUUUUUCCUGAAUGAGCAGAAGGAUGAAUAUUUUUAUGCAUUUUUCCAUGAAAUAUAAUUGAAUCUUUAAGGGCAUCGAAAAUUAAUGAGAAGAAUGCAUGUUACUAAAGUAGUCAUUUUUUAAAAAAUGUAGAUUCCGCAUGCAGUUCGGAAGCUGGCAUGCGGAUGUAACUGAGUUAUUAUUGAAUUAUGCUGCACGAUGAUUAGUUUUACAAACCUACUUAAUUAAUCUUUUCGGAACCGAAGCGCAUUUCAAAAUUUCUGCUGUUAUUUCAUGAGUUAGCCCACCUACUGUAAGAGUCCCAAGCGUUUCACUUGCUUCUACUUUAGCCUGGUCUUUUGAAAGCUGCUUGCGGUAUUCAAAUCUUUGAGCCUGAUGGGCGCACGAACGGUGACUUGUGAAUGAGUUAGUUUGAAGUGAUGGUGGACUCGCGCAGCAUCUGCUGCUGUCUCUUUCCUCCCCCGCCACCCGGUGUCAUGACAAAGUAAGGAGAACCGGAGGCGGGAGAGGGCGCAGAUGUGGCUGAUGUGACGUGAUCCUGCAUUCAGGUGUCCCACCACACCCCCUAAUCCACGCACAAAAGGAGGGCAUUUCACACAAGAAGGGUUCGACGGCCGGGAUCGCAACUGACUGCAGGUGUAAUAAUGUCCGCAUUAAGAGGGAGAGUAGACGCUCAUUGAAACCGUCCUGAGUUCUCUCUUGUCCGAUUCUAGCUUUCAUUACUGAGUAACCCUAAUCUCUCCUAAAGUUCCCAUUUAUUUUGCCUGUUCCUACUUUAGCCGGGCCUUUCUAAAACAAUGGACAGUCUUCAAACCACUGAGGACGACGAAGUCAGCACUGAGCUGUCCUGCGCUGACAGUGAGGUUACCAUUAAUCCUCGAACUCUUACACUGCGUGAGCCCCAUUAAUUUAUUCGUUUCUUACCCGCGUGUCACAAUCUCUUUUUGGUUCAUACCGCGCUUUUCUAGACUCGAUCAUGAUCUGGCCGAACUCCUCCCAUUAUUCAAAGACAAGGUGUUCUGCCUCCUAACGUAUAGGGCUUAAGGACUUAAUAUCCUGUAAUCUGAAUAUGCUAGAUGAGGUUCUUGUGUCCUUCCUGCCAAGCAUAGUCAAACGUUUACAAAUUCGAAAAAUGAACACACCCUGCUUAAGCAAUUAUUUUCACUAUGGGUAAUUUGCGCAAGGGGCCACAAACUCCGUGUGUGAAUUUCUAUGUGGUUAUACUGCGGGCUACUUUGUCCUAUAAGUUUAGAGUUUAUCCCGCGUUUUGGCAAAUACAGCAUAUUGAUAACGUACACUAACUUAUGGGGUUAUCAGCACAGCCAGGGAACACCGUCGUGAUAUAAUCUGCCUCCUCGCCUUCCCCCCCCCCCGCCAACAACACUUAACGCAUUGACUGUAUUGUGGGUGUUUCUGGUUAGUUUUGCCUUGUGAGAGUUUAAAAAGUACUUUGUCGUUGGGGCUAGGCUGAACAAAACGUGAAGGAUUGCCCAUACAGAAAAAGUAGGCCUUUUUGCCCGUUAUGGUUAAGAGAGUAAAAAUAAUGUUUCGCACUACCGCCAGUCCUUAGCUCAGACUAGAAGCACCCGACCCUCAACCGGUGGUUCCAGCCUCGCUGACGCCACCCACUUUCGGUAGCUGUGCUAGUUCUCAUUUCCUGUAGGCAGCUCUAAUUUGAAUGCGACAGCCCCCUGUCGGUUUUACGUUGUUAAGCUUCCCUGGUUCUGUAGCUUCUUUUGCCAUUCUCCUUCCGUCAGAUGAAGACGGAGCACCGGUGGAGACGCCAGGAAGACCUCAAAGUCCAGAAGCCUUCCAGCUAGAUUCUGCUCCAGUUCUCUCCUCUACCUCCCGACUCCUCAAGCACCUCGAGGCCGUCUCUUCUGAUGGUCUCUCCACCAGCUUCACCUUUUCUCCGCCUAUCAAUCUUUUGGUAUGUUCAAGCAUUCUCCCACCGCACUGUGUUUAUUUCGAAAAUUUAUCUAAUUGAGCCCUUUAUUGCAUAUUAAUGUACUGCUCCUCUCCCGACUCUGUUCAGGUGGGGAGACACCUCCAUUCAUCAAGUAUAAAAUUUGAAUAAAUCAUGAUUGGUUAAAAUCUAAGUACAAAGAAUAAUAUUCUUAUGGUGGUUUUCAAUAAAAUAUAGUUGAACGUACGAGAACAUCGGAAAUCUAUGGCCAAAAUGCAUACUGCUUAAUUAGUCAUUCUUUACAAUGUGCGGUUUUUGCAGGCGGCCGAAAAGAGGUGCGUUAGAAAACGAACAGCCCGACAUGUCUGAAAUAUCACGUGAUUACGUCGCAAGACAACUAAUUCUACAGUUCUCGUAAAGAACUCCUUCCUAAUCCAAAACGCAUUUUGAAGUUCCGGUUAUUAUUUCGUGAGAUCGGUCCAUAAGCAGCCAGUGGGUUUACGUAGCCGCAUUGAGACGCGAAGUUCUCGAUUGUGCACCCAUUGCUCUUCUUACUUGGUUUUCCGCAUAAUAAUCGGGUUUUCCUGCCCAUCACAGGAUAAUAGCGUUCCACCAGUUCGUUGUUCAAUUAAGAGUGCGAGCGUCGUUUGCUUAAAGUCGGCAGUCGUUUGGUUUUCUGCGUUUUUGCUUCUACUUUGGGGCGGGACAUUUUAGCGGUCUCCAGCCAGUGAGCAAUCUCGUGAAAUGUGAGCCGGAAUUCUGGAAUACGUUUUUUUGCCAAGCAGGAUUACUUAGAUGGGGUAGCAAUAUCUGUUAUCCUGCAGAUAUUUCAGACGCAUCAGCGUGCCAGCAUUCGCAUUCACUUCUUUUCUACUGCCUACAAGAGCUACAUUUGGUUUUAAAAGUGGCCACUUAAUUAGUAUGCAUUUUUUUCAAUUGAUGUUCGUUGUCCUUGUCAAUUCAUAUACAUUUUGUAGAAAAUACGCACAAUAUUAUGUCUUGUACUUUUUUGGUAGACAAUGACGCCUUCCUUGCAUGGAAAGUUUUAAGCUUGCAGUUUCAAAACCCUGAACACAACAGCAACAGCAAAUCGAGCCCAAACUUCUUUGGGAAUUGAAAAAAGUUUUAACACCGUAACCUACCCCUUCCCCGAGCACGGAAUUUAAAGUAGUAAAUUUUUGUGCAUGUAUUCUGUAAAGUUUAUCUAAAUUUGUGACGGCACCAGAAACCGAUGGAUAAAAUUGUGCUAGUUAUAGUAGGUGGACUAACUCGUGAAAUGUCACCUGAAAUUCCGAAAUGCGUUUUCGUUUUUAAAAGAUUAAUAAAGUGGGGGUGGUGAAACUAGUCAGCCUGCAACAUACUUCAAUGAUAUUUCAGUUACUCCGGAUGCCAGCUUUCGAACGAACUUCCUUCCGGCCGCAUGCAAAAACUACACUAUGUUCAAAGUGACUACUUAUGUAGCAUGAUUUUUCUCCAUUGAUUUUCGAUACCCUUAAAAGUUUUAUUAAACUCCGUGGAAACCAUGCAUGAAAAUGUUCAUUCUUUCACUCAUUCGGUAGACAAUUACGUCUUUUUCUAAUGUUAUACUCGAAGAUACGGUAUAAUUCGGUUUUCAGAAAAAUUUUCCAAUUCCCGAAUAAUUUUGAACUCGCUCUACCGUUACACUUGGAUUCAGGGUUUCCAAACUACAAGCCGUACGUUUUCCCCGUACGGAAAACCACACAUUUCUCUACGGCAAUAAAGGGGGACCAUAUAGCGUUCAUAAAAUUCAGCAAUGGAUUUGAUCCAUAUUGUUGACUUUACAAGCAACAUUAGUGAAUGCGGAGACACGACGAUUUAUGAACGGCCAUUUCACGGUAUUUAAAAGUCUCACAUUUAGAAACCAUUUUUUAAAACCGAAUUAUGUCCCUCCUUCGAGUACUAAAUUGAAAAAAGACGUAAUUUUCUACCGAAUAAGCAAAAAAUGAAUAUUUUUAUGCAUGUUUUUCUUGAAAUAUAAUUGGAUUUUUAGAGACAUCGAAAAUCAAUGAGAAAAGUUCAUGUUACGUAAGCAGUCGUUUUUUACGGAGUGUAGAUUUUGCAUGUAGCCGGAAGGAAGUUCAUUCGAAAGCCGGCAUCCUGAGGUUACUAAAACAUUAUAAAAUUAUGUUGCAGACUGACUAGUUUUACAACCCUACUUAAUUAGUCUUUUUGAAAUGAAAACGCAUUUGGGAAUGUCGGUUGACAGUUCAUGAGUUAGCCCACCUACUGUAACUAGCAGACGAUCGGUAAGAAGCACAUUUAAAAAGUGAGCAUCCUGGCGUAACUGCACUAUCUUAGAAUUAUUUUGCGCGGUCGCCAUUAUCAUAGCCUCUCUUCAUCUUUUCUAGUCGGUUAACAUUUCGUAAGAGUGCUCACAGACAGAACUUAUCGCGUAACGCUAUCGAGCUUUCUUUGCGAGUUAGGUGUAUUACCUCUUCUCUAAUUGACAGGUGGUAUGUCGUUCGAAGCACUAUCCCUCCAAAAUCCAUGCUGUUAUGCGAUGUAGGAUUCGACACUUCAUUGUUUCCUUCCUUUCACUUCAACACCUCCCAUUUAACGUAGGUUUUUUCUGUCAAUAUGCCACCCGUGUCAAUUUGGCCAUGUCUUCCUGUGUGCCCACUCACUUUUAAACCCACAAACAUCGUGCACUGGUACCGUCACGUUUUAAGACUGCUUUCCAGUUAUUACUUUUUGCUUUUUCGUUUUUUUUUCAGCGGGCACAUCGCACAGCUGAGAACCCACUGCAGAGCAUUUUCAGUUCGCACUUCGCUUUCUCAUCGCCCACCUCGCUGAGGUGUCGAAUGUCAGAUGUUGUCGAGAGCCCUCAGUCAGACCUGAACGAGACCGACGUGGCGGACGAUAGGUGCGUGCGCCCGCUCGCUUAUUUUCUCUUUUCAUGCACGGCGGCAUUUUCUAGUCUGUGUUAAAUUUCCAUAUUUACAGUAGAUGUGCUAACUCGCGAAAAGUUAAUCGGAAUUCGGAAACGCGUUUUCGACCCGAAAAGGUUGUUUAAGUAGGGUGUCAGUGUUAGUUACCGUGCAGCGCGUAAUCCCAGGAUAUUUUAGUUACUUUGGGAUGCCGGCCUUUUAACGAACUUCUUCCCUGCCGCCUGGACAAACUACACUGUAAAAAAAUGACUGCUUAGGUAGUAUGACUUCGCAUUCAUUUUCGAUGCCCUUUUGUAUUCAAAUAUGUUUCAUAGAAAACAUUUGGCGGGAAGUUACGUCUUCUUCAAAUUUUAUACUUGAAGAAAGGGUACAAUUAGGUUUUAAAAAUUUUCAAUUUCCGAAUAAUUUUGAACUCGACCGGCCCGUUCACCCGCAUUCAGAGUUUCAAAUCUACAAGCAGUUUAUUUCCCGUGUGCGAAAAGUCAUACAUUUCUAUGAUUUUUUAACCGGGAAUCAUAUGGGGUUCGUAAAAAUUAUCAUUGGAUUUGUGCUAUAAUAUAGACUUUACAAGACACUUUAGUAAAUUCGGAGGCACAAUGUUUUGUAAACGGGGAACUUCACGGUCUCAGAAAAUCUGACAAUUAGAAACCUUAAACUAAAUUAUGCCUUUGCCUCAAGUAUUCAAUCUAAAGGGUACGUGAUUUUCUACCAAAUGAGUUAAAAAUGAAUAUUCCUGGGCAUGUUUUCUAUGAAAUAUAUUCGACUGCAUAAGGGCAUCGAAAAUCAAUGGAAAAAAUCGUACUACAUGCGUAUUUGUUUUUUACAGAGUGUAAUUUUUGCUGGCGGCUGGAAUCUAGUUCGUUUAAAAGCCGGCAUUCAAAAGUAACUGAAAUAUCAUGGUAUUAUGCUGCACGGUAAUCAUGAUUACUACGUUACGUAAGUAAUAUUUUCGAGUCGAAAACACAUUUCAGAAUUUCGAUUACAUUUACUGGGUUAGCGCAUCUACUGUAGGCAGAAGGAAAUUAUCGACAGAGACAAGGAAGGUUGGAAUAGCCACUUCAGGUCUAGUGGCCCUUGUCAGCUGGCCCUACAGAUUAUGCAGCAUCUGAGCCUCGAUCUCGGCUCUUCGGUCAUCGAGCGUUAUUGAUUCCAACAUUCCUUCAGUUUAACCACAGACCCGUCGUCCUUUUGGUUGCUAUCGGGACUAUUAACUACUUUGGGAGUGCGUUCAGAGAUUGGGCUACGAGUCGAGCAUGUUACGCAGGAAUAUACUCUUUAGCUUUGUGUGCAAUGUCUUCAUGGGUAGCGUCUUCACGCGUGCAAAAGCUGCUUUCGAUCUACUGAAUUCAACAAGCAGCAUCACUGUCUUCUCGUAAUUUAGUUUAUUAGGUAUGGGACAUGCGCAAAAUCAAACUAUUAAGCAAUUAGGCACAGUUUCUGUCCAUAUAUCCCUCUACCAUGAACCUGAUUCUAGGCAUAUCAUAUUUACCCGUCUUAGCUCUGAGUGCUGGCAAUUUGUCAGGGUCACUUAUUCUGGAAUUUGCUUCUCAUGAUCGGCCUCCCAUGUGAAUUUUUUCCUUUACCAUACUUUCCUGUGCAUUUAACUAAUUUUCGCCGUCACUGACCACAGGCAUAAUGCAGUCAUUUAACUGUUAAACCUGUCAUAUUCCUCAAGAUCCGUAUGUACCUUUAAUGUUUUCCACUAUUCCCACCAGCAGAAUAAUAGUACUUAAAAAAACAAAUGCACCUAUCGGGCCUUCUAUCUAAAAUAAGUGCUAUACUCAGAAACCUUCGUCUGGACCGUUUUGCUUUUCAAAUUUACAGCACUUCCAAUGUGCAUGAGGAAAGCGGAGUUUCAAACGUGGCCUCGUGUUCCACAUCUGGUGAAGGAAGUCAGAAUCCCCUCAGUUCAAAUGAUUUAGACUCCGACGAACCGGAAAAGCCCAGUUCAUCUGAGUUUAUGGUUAGAGAGGUCGCGUUCCAAAAAGCAGACUACACAGAACAGUCUGACGAACUUGCCUCAGUCGCUUCCAAAGAUUCUGAUGAUGAGCCUGAACUUUUUACGCCCCGGAGAUCUCGACGUCAUGCCAAACGCCCAGAUCGCUAUCAGGCUGCCUAA